GGAGCAGCAGACUGCACCUUCUCUUCUGUGGUGAGCGCCAGUGAAAGAGCAAGAAAGAGAGAGGGAGGGAGAGAUGCGUUUGGCACCACCGGGCUGUAUGAUCAAGAAACGGCUGCAAUUGCUCUGGUUUAAGUAGGCCCACCUAACGGGUAUUUACAGGGAAAGGUUUGAUUGAUCUUGUGUCCUGUCACAAAGCGGCGAUUGUCAUCAGAUGAAAAGGAAAAUAUCGAUGAGUAGCCACACUAAACCAUAACAGAAGUUUUGUGUAAGGUUGCUGGAAAGAAAAGACCGAUGACGUGGUGGUCAGGGACACUCUUACAGCGUUCCACCCACCAGCCCCGCUGGGAGUGAGAAAAAGAGGGGGGGGGGUGCUCUGAUAUGACUGACUGUGUCUCUCUUGACGGUGUGUGACGGUGUACGGCCGUAUCCUCCCUCUCUCUGAGGGGAACAGUCCAGAACAAAGGUGCUGAUAUGGAGCUCACAUUGCAUCCCGCUGUUCUGUAACAAGCGAACCCAACUGAAGAGGGACUGGGAGAAGGACUGGCGACGAAGACUGGAAGAUCGACGACUGCAAGUAGAAACUGACCAACCUCUGGAAGGAGCCAGCUCCCUCUGUUGACUGGCAGACAGAGGAAUCCCUAUGGAGGGUGAAAGGUGCCACUGACAGCACUAAGAAAACGGAAGGGUGCUGGGAAGAGCCCUUGGAGGACUGGGGUUCGGCAAGGAGCACUUGGAGGACUGCCAGUGCUACUUAGUGCCCUAAGAAGACAGGAGGGAGCACCUGAAGGUGUUUGCACCAUGAGCUGUGGUGUUUGUGCUGCUCAGCUCUAGCCCCUGUCUGUCUGUGUGUUUGUGUGUGUGUGUGUGUGUGUGUGUGUGUGUCUGCGCGCGUGCACGUGAAGAGUGUGUAUGUGUUUGCGUGUCUGUGUGAUGGCGGUGUGUGUGUGGGCCGCUGCCCCCCUGCUGUGUGUUUGGCUUUGCCUUUGCAGCAUUGGGGGGUCCAGAGGGGAGGUGCUAGAGUUUGGGGGCGUUUCGGGACAGUGGGGGCGGUUCCCGGUGUGGAAUGCGUGUUGCGAGAGUGUCCUGUCGUUCAGAGUUAAAACUCACAGCGAGGACGGACUGUUGCUUUACCUUGACGAUGAGGGAUUCUGCGACUUCCUGGAACUCUUGCUGCUACGCGGGAAACUCCGCCUACGAUUUUCCAUUUUCUGUGCCGAGCCAGCUGAGGUGAGUUCCGGGGUUGCUGUGAGCGACGGCCACUGGCAUGAAGUGCGUGUGAAACGGGAUUGGCGGAACACAAGUCUUGAGGUGGAUGAAAGAAUGGAGGGAUGGGCGGAGGUGAAGAGCAAACGGAGAGACAUGACAGUGUUUAGCCACACCUUUAUGGGCGGGGUUUCCCCUGAGCUUCAUGCCUCCCCUCUCCGCCUUACUUCCCCUGGUGUCAGAGACCACAAACCCUUUUCUGGCUGGCUCACUGAGGUGACUGUCAAUGGAUCAGCGGUCGUUUUGGAAGCAUCGGAGGGUGUUACCAAGGGAGACGGGUGUGGACCCGACCACGUGUGUCAGAAUGGAGGGCUGUGUUCUGUCAUCGAGCAUAGGGCCAUCUGCGACUGUACCCACACUGGCUACAAAGGCAAUGACUGCAGCGAAGAAUACUACAACCCAGGUCUGGCUCACCUGAUGAUCGGCGACCAAGGAAAACUCAGAGCACGCGAGGACUACGUAGCCACCUUUAAGGGGUCCGAGUAUUUCUGCUACGACCUGUCGCCCAGCCCCAUCCAGUCGUCGAGCGACGAGAUCACCCUGAGCUUUAAGACCCUGCAGAGGAACGGAUUGAUGCUCCACACGGGCAAGUCCGCUGACUACGUCAACCUGGCCCUGAAGAACGGAGCCGUGUCCCUGGUCAUCAACCUGGGGUCGGGGGCCUUCGAGGCCCUGGUGGAGCCAGUUAACGGGAAGUUUAACGAUAACGCCUGGCACGAUGUCAAGGUCACACGAAACCUGAGACAGCACUCAGGCAUUGGACACGCUAUGGUCACCAUCUCCGUGGACGGGAUCCUGACCACCACAGGCUACACCCAGGAAGACUACACCAUGCUGGGGUCUGAUGACUUCUUCUAUGUGGGUGGGAGUCCCAGCACCGCCGACCUUCCUGGGUCUCCUGUCAGCAACAACUUCAUGGGCUGCCUCAAAGAGGUGGUGUACAAGAACAAUGACGUGCGUUUGGAGCUGUCUCGGCUGGCUAAGCAAGGAGAUGCAAAGAUGAAGGUGAGUGGUGUUGUGGCCUUUAAGUGUGAGAGCGUGGCCACCCUGGAUCCUGUGACCUUUGACACUCCAGAGUCAUUUGUGGCAUUGAGCAAGUGGAGUGCAAAGAAGGCGGGGUCCAUUUCAUUUGACUUCAGAACCACAGAACCCAAUGGACUGAUGCUCUUCAGCCACGGGAAACAGCGACAACAGCAAAGGAAAGACCCCCGCACACCCCCCACCGUGAAGUUGCCGUUACUGUUGCAGGUGGAUUUCUUUGCCAUCGAGAUGCUGGACGGUCACCUGUAUCUCCUGCUGGACAUGGGCUCAGGAACCACCAAGACCAAGGCCAUCGACAGGAAGGUCAAUGACGGAGAAUGGUACCACGUUGACUUCCAGAGAGAUGGUCGCUCAGGUACUAUAUCAGUGAACUCCCAGCGUACAGCCUACACGGCUCCAGGUGACAGUGAGAUUCUGGAUCUGGAUGAUACCUUGUACCUGGGAGGAUUACCAGAGGACCGCCAAGGACUCAUCUUCCCUACUGAGGUGUGGACAGCAUUGCUGAACUACGGCUACGUGGGCUGUGUCAGAGACCUGUUUGUGGACGGUCAGAGCAAGGACAUCCGGCGUUUGGCCGAGGCUCAGAGGGCUGUCGGGGUGAAACCUUCCUGUUCCAGAGAGCCUCCUAAGCAAUGUCUAUCCAACCCCUGCCAACACAGUGCCACCUGCAGGGAGGGCUGGAACAGAUAUGUAUGUGACUGCUCUGGGACCGGAUAUCUGGGCCGGGCCUGUGAGAGAGAUGCAACUAUCCUGUCCUAUGAUGGUAGUAAGUUUAUGAAGGUUCAGUUGCCCGUAGCAAUGCACACCGAAGCAGAGGACGUGUCGCUACGAUUCCGCUCCCAACGGGCCUAUGGUGUUCUCAUGGCAACAACAUCACGGAACUCAGCCGACACGCUCCGACUGGAGCUGGAUGGUGGCCGUGUCCGCCUCACUGUCAACCUAGACUGUAUCAGGAUUAACUGUACGACCAGUAAAGGUCCCGAGACCAUCUUUUCGGGGGUGGGGCUGAAUGAUAAUGAGUGGCACACGGUCAGAGUGGUGCGUCGUGGGAAGAGCCUCAAACUCACCGUUGACGACCUGCAGCCUGUAGAAGGUCAGAUGGCAGGCGACCACACCCAGCUGGAGUUCCACAAUGUGGAGACGGGCAUUGUGACGGAGAAGCGCUUCAUGCCCGCUGUGCCCUCCAACUUCAUAGGGCAUCUUCAGGGCCUCACCCUGAACGGCAUGCCCUACAUAGACCUCUGUAAGAACGGUGAUAUCGACUACUGCGAGCUGAACGCUGUGAUUGGCUACAAGAGCAUCGUGGCGGACCCGGUUACGUUCAGGUCGCGGUCGAGUUAUGUGACCCUGCCCACACUCCAGGCCUACUACUCCAUGCACCUGUUUCUCCAGUUCAAAACCACCUCACCUGAUGGCCUGAUUCUCUACAACAGUGGAGACGGAAAUGACUUCAUAGUGGUGGAGCUGGUCAAAGGCUACCUCCAUUAUGUCUCGGACCUGGGGAACGGCGCUCAUCUGAUCAAAGGAAACUCCAACUCUCCACUGAAUGACAACCACUGGCACAACGUGCUCAUAUCCAGAGAUACCAACAACCUGCACACCGUUAAGAUAGACACCAAGGUCACCACUCAGACCACUAUGGGAGCCAAGAACCUGGAUCUCAAAGGUGACCUGUACGUAGGGGGCGUGGCUAAAGAGAUGUACCGGGACCUUCCCAAGCUUGUUCACUCCCGCGAAGGCUUCCAGGGUUGCCUAGCAACGGUUGACCUCAACGGGCGUCUACCCGACCUACUGGCCGACGCUUUAGCUACUACUGGACAGGUGGAGAGGGGCUGUGAAGGUACACACACACACACACACUCAGGUCCCAGUACUACCUGUCAGGAGGAUUCAUGCUCAAAUCAGGGCGUGUGUUUACAACAGUGGGAGGGAUUUAGCUGUGACUGCAGUAUGACAUCGUUCGGAGGACCACUCUGCAAUGACGCGGGGACCACGUAUAUAUUCGGUCGCGAUGGCGGCGUGAUCGUGUACACCUGGCCUCCUAAUGAGCGCCCCAGCACACGGGCGGACCGGUUGGCGUUGGGCUUCAGCACACAGCAGAAACACGCUACGCUGCUACGAGUUGACAGCGCCUCAGGAUUGGGGGACUACCUCCAGCUACAGAUAGAUAAGGGGAAUAUUAGGGUAGUGUUUAACGUGGGAACGGAUGACAUCAACAUCGAAGAGACUGCUAAAUUCGUUAAUGAUGGGAAGUACCACAUAGUUCGCUUUACCCGCAGUGGAGGCAACGCAACCCUGCAGCUGGACGAUCUACCAGUGAUAGAGCGCUACCCUUCAGGCAACAUUGAUAACGAGCGCCUGGCCAUCGCUAGACAGAGAAUCCCCUAUCGGCUCGGUCGAGUAGUUGACGAUUGGCUACUCGACAAAGGUCGCCAGCUGACCAUCUUCAACAGCCAGACAACUGUGACGGUGGGUGGAGGACAGGGCGCGGGUCCGUUUCAGGGUCAGAUGGCCGGUCUCUACUACAAUGGACUGAAGAUACUUAACAUGGCCGCCGAGGGACAUGCCCACAUCCGUCUAGAGGGCAGUACACGAUUGGUCGGAGACAUGCCCUCCUCCUCCAUCACGCCCCAAUCCAGUGCGGCUGCCGGGGGCAACCGAUCAGAUCCAGUCGCCAAUGCUGGCGACAUCACAACGACAACCGCUACUAACAGAAAGCAAGGAGGAGGAACCACACAGCAGUCGACAGACGACCUGCUGGUGGCGUCAGCUGAGUGUCCCAGCGAUGAUGAGGACAUUGACCCUUGUGACCCCAGCUCUGCGGCCCAGCCCCCUCUCCCGGAUGUCAAGCCCUUCCCGGGGACGUCGGAGGUGGUGAGAGAGUCCAGCAGCACCACGGGCAUGGUGGUGGGCAUCGUGGCAGCCGCCGCCCUCUGCAUCCUCAUCCUGCUCUAUGCCAUGUACAAGUACCGUAACCGCGACGAGGGCUCAUACCACGUGGACGAGAGCCGCAACUACAUCAGUAACUCUGCCACUCAGCCCAACGGCAGCGCCAAGGACAAGCCGCUGGGCAUCGCCAAGAUCUCCAAGAACAAGAAAAACAAAGACAAGGAGUAUUACGUGUGAGAAGGGGAGGGACACCCUAAUUCCAUUUCUAUAUCCACGCAUAUAUACUGUAAACACAUAUACACUAACACAGACCUAAACACACAUACAAGAGGACAUACUCUGACACGCAAACACACACAAACACACACGAAGACACUGUCAUAAGGGCGGAGUCCCAUGCUGUACAGUACUAGGCACUAACUACAGCCUCUCUAUAUGGGAGGCAGGUCUGUGCUCAACCAGAACACCAACAGUAACUAAAAUAUAGACUCCCAGUAGGACCAGUUAACAGUCAUUUUAAAGGACCCUGCCUCUGACCUCUAGAAACGAUUCUCUGUGUUCUCAGAAAGGAGUUUGGGGGCGGGUGGUUUAAGGCUGGUGUCUUCAUGGGGUUUGAGGCUGCUGUCGUCAUGGCUGGGGUUUUGUGCAGUGACGGUGGGGUUAGACUAAACCUUCUAGUCAGCAGGUUGGAUGUUACCCCGGCAACAAGGCUGGAAGAGCCACACCCAACAGGACUGCCAUGGUGACUGAAUGCCGCAUCGAUGGAGAUGGAUGGAGAUGGAUGAAGAUGGCGUGUAGGUGAAAUUAGGAGCUAUAUGUGUUUAAAGUGUUGCUGGGACGUUUCUUUUACAACGCCCACUCUAAGGUAUUGCAACAUUAUAUCAACCCAUGAAGACUAUGAAAACGAGAGACUUUGACUCUGGAGAGGAGACCAGAGACACCUGAACUAACUACCUACCUAUCUACACACAUAUAUACACACACACACAUCUCUUGCUACACCAUCAGAGCUUCAUCACAAGAGCUUCAUCACUGACUGGGUGAUGGCAAUGUGAUAAUUAUGAUGAUGAUGAUGAAGUCAAUGAUGAAGAAAAAGAAAAAUGAAGAACACAGCUUAGACUUUGGGGAAAUUGUUGCACGUUGAACUAUCUAACUCCAUGUGUUUCCAACAGAGCAGAGACUACAGGGGUUACUCCUAAAACCACCUCAGUAAUAAUGUGGGUUACCAUAACCUACCAUCUGGUUUACUAUAGCCUACCACCUGUUUUACCAUAACCCUACAACAUGGUUUACUAUAGCCUAACACCUGGUUUACCAUAACCUACCACCUGGUUUACUAUAGCCUACCAUCUGGUUUACUAUAGCCUACCAUCUGGUUUACCAUAACCUACCAUUUGGUUUACUAUAGCCUACCAUGUGGUUUACCAUAAUCUACAACCUGGUUUAACAUAACAUCCCAUCUGGUUUAUUAUACCAUCCCACCUGGUUUCCCAUAACAUCCCACCUGGUUUAUUAUAGCAUCCCACAUGGUUUACCUUAACAUCCCACCUUUAUUAUAAACUACCAACUAGUUCAUCAUAACCUACCACCUAGUUUACUAUAGUUACCACCUGGUUUAUUAUAACCUACCACCUGAUUGUCUAUAAACUACCUUGCUUACCAGACCACCUGGUUUAUCAUAACCUACCACCCUGGUAUUAUAGUCUAUUAACUGGUUUACUGUAACCUGUAACCAAUCUGGUUUUCAACAGCAUACCACUUGGUUUUCUAUAACAUACCAGCUGGUUUACCAUACCACCUGGUUUAUCAUAACCUACCACAUGGUUUAUUAUAUAUAUCCUAUCACCUGGUUAGCCAUAAUCAACCACCUGGUUUACUAUAACCUACCAUACCACCUGGUUCAUCAUAACCUACCACAUGAUUUAUUAUAUAAUCCAAUCACCUGGUUAGCCAUAAUCUACCACCUGGUUUAAUGUAACCUACCACCUGGUUUACCAUACCACCUGGGCCUAUAAUAAAAUGCCAACUGUCUUAUCCACCUUCACUUUGUAAUAAAUAAAUGAAAACCCAACAUGUAAGUUUAAUAAUGACAGACAGACAUGACUAAAACAGAAUUACAUCCUAUAGACCAACAUCAUAUACCAGUCCUUACUAAGGACAGAUACUGUGCAUACAACUCCGUUCCUACUCAACCAAUGUUCCCUGACCUGCAACACACAGCACAUAGAGAACAGUAAGGCUGGGCUUUCAUGUCUGUGACAGGAUAGUGGGUUUGUGUCAGGGUGCGGUUUAGUGAGUAACCCCCGUUUAAAGGCUGGAUGUAAGGGCCUCAUACCACAGGCUCAGCUCUGUUUUACAGCCUGUCCUAUAGACUCUAGACCUGCUCUGAUGAACGUUUUAUAUAAAGAAAAAUAAAAAAAAUCUGUAAAAUAAUCAAAAACAGAAAAUGAUGUGUUAUCAUGUGUUUCUAUAGCGAUAGAGCUGUUCAUGAUGCCAUUAGCUAAGACAAUUUGAGUUGCGUUCCUUUAAUUUGCCCUACCUCUCUGUGUAUUCUGUCCAGUCCGUGUCCAGGUCAUCACUUCAAGCCAGGCAAGAGUAGGGAAGUGGAGAAGGUUGAGGGCGGGAGUAUCUGUAAAAUGGUGUGUGGGUCUUAGAAGUCCCCCUAUUGCUCUACUAGUGCUCUACUUUAGAACUGAGCCCUAAAUUGCUAGCCCUAUGUGGCUUUAAUGAAAAUAAGUGCACAUUUACAGGAUGGAGGGUGCCAUUUGUGGCACCGAGUAUGCAGAUAUAAAUAUACCACGCAUCAGGCCCGGUCUUUAUUGCCUGAUCUGCUUUUUGUAUUUACGUCUGCUGUCACUGAACACACUCCCCUGGGUCAUCAAAGCAAUAUUGCCAACCUAUCACAUGCGUGGGAUUUAGACUGGGGGCGGGGCAUUUAAGAUAAAGUAGUAAUACAACCUAAAAAUAAGCGGGAAGGAUAAAACAGAUGUAUUCCCCAGCUCCUAUUCUACUCCUUAAUACUUGGUUCUUCCUAUUCAUCCCUUUAAUCUGCCCCCUCACUUCCACUCUUGCUUUUUAUCUAAGUAAAGCAGGAGCAUUCAACUGUGGUCUAAGUGUUCAUUUAGCCUUUUUAUUUUAUAUAUGUACAAUUUUUCUACUGUAUUUUACUUUUAUUUUUAUUGUUACAGUUCUUUGAAGAACAUAAAGUGGACAUUUAUUAUGAAAAAUAGUUUUGAAGAUCUAACGAGUGAAUAAAAUAUUACCCAAGUGAAGUUA